AUGACGCAACGAUCGUCACAUGCGGACAAAUUGCAGCGUAAAGCAAAACGACGUUUAUAUCAUACCAUACCUAAUCAACGCAAAUUUCCCGAUAGGUGGAUUGAUUAUGAUCCAGUUGGAAAGGAUAUGCCGGGAACACGGUUUGUCGCCUUUAAGACACCCUUGCGACACAAUUAUUUUCUGAAUCGUAAUGAAUUCGACGUUCAAAAUAUCUUCGAAACAAAAAGUUUGAAUGAUAUGGCUAAUGCUGCUGGUAAGCAAAUAGGUCUUGUUAUUGAUUUAACAGCAACUCAAAAAUAUUAUGAUCCUCAUGAAUGGACUCGUAUCGGUAUUAAAUAUGAAAAGAUAUGGUGCAUGGGGCAUCAUAUAAACAUUCAAAUGGAAAACAUUGAAAAAUUUUAUAACACUGUCAGUGAUUUUCUGUCUAAACAUAUCCAUACUGGUGAAUUAAUUGGUGUGCAUUGUACACAUGGUUUGAAUCGAACAGGAUACAUGAUUUGUCGAUAUUUAAUUGAAGUGGAUAGCUGGGAUGUUGACAGUGCCAUUGAACAAUUCGAAUAUUGUCGAGGUUAUAAAAUUGAACGGAAGAAAUACAUCGAUUCAUUGCGAAAUGAUUGUAUAAAAGGGAAACAUGCUACUUUAUCUGUGGAAUAUCCUGGGAAACGAAUUAAUGGAAUACUUGAUAAACGGCUAGCUCAACUGAAAAAUGUUUUACCCUGUAUUGAUCUGAAUGAAUUUGUUGCAGCUUCGUAA